UCUUUUUCUUUUAUAUUUUUUUAUUUUCAAUUUCUUUCAUUCUCUGUUGUAAGAAGUCCACAACACCCGCGUGAACGUUCCCUCUUCCAUCACUCACUCACUCACUCUUUGUUCGUUUUUUGCUCUGAAACGACAACAGCCACAGCAAAGGAUAUUCGGAGAACGCUCAGCGUUUCAUGGACCCUAACGUCGUCGAGAUUCCUCCGCCACUUCACCACCCUUCACAAUUUUAUGAUCAGAAAAAGAUCAUUUUGCAUGAUGUGAUUGACAUUGACAACGAUGACGAUGACUCUGAAGAUGUAGUGAUAAUUGGUGAAAAAGUUAAUAAUAGUAACAAAGGAAAGACAAUUGAUGCUGUUCAUGGUUAUGAUAAUCAUCAAGUUGAGGAAAUGUCCAAUAAUACCUUCUGUCUGCCUGGUGUGGAAAAUUUUGGAUCAUUUAGUCCGAUUGUGUCUUCUAAUGGUUAUCCUUCAGUCUCACAUAAUUUGAUCAAUGUUUAUGGUCAUGGUUCUGAUCUAUCACAUGAUGACGAUGACUUCAUUGAUAUUUUUUCAGAAGAUUAUAUGGAUGUAGAUGAGUAUGCUCUAUUACAGAAACAAUUUGAUAAUGUGGAUAUACCUCCUGGAAUUGAGGCACCUUUUACUUGGUCGCCACCAGAAUAUGACGUAGGUAUGGAGAAGACUGGAAACAGUUCAUUGUAUCCUUGGUGUCCUGUGCAGUCAAAUGCUAAAAUUAGUCACACGACACACUCGUUUCAGCCUUCUUUGUCAUUAGAGCCUAAUAACUCUAAAAUCCAAGGAUCUUCUGUGGGUAGUUCUAAGGUUCAAAUCAAAAUGGAUAAUGUUGAUCACUCUUCUGGAAUGGAGUCGUCUUCCCAAUUAUUUUCUCAAGUUGCCUCUAGUAAGAAGAAAUUUUCUACUUCAAAACACAGAGGGCAUACUUCAAAUGUUUCAUUGGGAGUAGAGUCAUCCAAGUCUCACUGGUUUCUGGGACCUUUCCACAAUAAAAAGAAACCUGCUGUUGGUGCUUCAACAAACCAUGGUUUUAUUGACAAAUCAGAGGCUGUGAACCUGUCACAUGCAGUUGAGCCUUUGGGGCAAAUUAGAAGUGCUAAGAAGGCAGGUGGGAGCAGUUCACAUCAUUCAAAUUUCAUCGGACAUCAUGGACUAGUUUAUCCUCCGGUAAUUGAAUCAGGAAAACCUUGGUGGAAGAAUUCUCAUAAAGUUAAACCAUUAUUUCCCAAUCAUCACACUCACACUAAUCCUAUUUAUUAUCCAUUUGAUCCUCAUCUUGACCAUCCUGAGCAUGUUCUUGACAACACUUGGGUUCACGAUUCUGUGGAAGAUGGAAAUAAUGGAACAGCUUUGGAUGGCCCUCUUGUUACAAUCUCUGAUGAAGCUAGAGAUGAAAUUCUGAGGAAAUUCCAAAGCUUUAAACAAUUUGAUACAGUUGAAGACACUUCAGACCAUUAUUAUAUUCGCAAUAAUUCUUCAAUGGAACAGCGUCCAAAGAACUGGACUAAAAAAAUCCAGGAAGAAUGGAAGAUUUUGGAGAAGGAUUUGCCUGAUUCAAUAUUUGUCAGAGUUUAUGAAUCAAGGAUGGAUCUCUUAAGGGCUGUGAUUAUUGGAGCAGAAGGGACUCCUUAUCAUGAUGGCCUUUUCUUUUUUGAUGUUUUCUUUCCCAGUGGCUAUCCCAAUGUACCUCCACAAGUCCACUACCACUCUGGAGGUCUUCGGCUAAACCCAAAUUUGUAUCAUUGUGGCAAAGUAUGCCUUAGUCUACUUAACACCUGGUCUGGCAACAAGAAUGAGAGGUGGCUUCCAGGUGUUUCAACAAUUCUACAGGUUCUGGUCUCUAUACAAGGUCUAAUCCUUAAUACAAAGCCUUACUUUAAUGAACCUGGAUUUGCACGCAUGAGUGGUUCAGCAAAUGGUGAAAUGAAGUCGUUGCAGUAUAAUGAGGACACAUUCAUUUUAUCAUUGAGGACAAUGAUGUAUAUGAUACGAAGGCCUCCAAAGAAUUUUGAGGACUUUGUUAUGGGGCAUUUCUGCAGCCGAGCUGACGAUAUUCUGGUGGCAUGUAAAGCAUACAUGGAAGGUGCUCAAGUUGGUUGUUUGGUCAAAGGUGGUGUUCAGGAUGUUGAUGAGGGUGACAGAAGCUGCUCAAAGCGUUUUAAAGAGUCUUUAUCUGGAUAUAUGAAUAUGAUUGUUAGAGAGUUCGCUAAAACUGGAGCAAAGGACAUUGAUAAAUUCCUGCCUCCAGAAACAACACUGAACAAGCCAUUGGCUGAUUUGCCUGAGGCUGCAACCUGAACAUUCUCUUGGAAAACCCAAUUUUGAGACUUGAUCUAUAUAUUUAUAGAGGCUUAUAAUUAUUACAUCUAUUUCACCAAGUAGCACCUUUCUGCUUUAUAUUGAACAGUUAGUUUUUGUUACUUCUAGUAUCAUAUUUUGAAGAACUUUGAACAAUACCUGCACAUAGUUGUAUAUAAUUGCUAAUAAAAAUUUAACCGAUUUCUUAGUAUGU